GGAAAUGUGGGGUGAUUAUUUCUGUCAUGUUGGCACCCCGUGUUUUUGACGUUUGACGUCCACAAUAACAAUAAAGAAAGUGGGUUGUUUGAUGACUCAAAAUAGUGUUAUGACCACUUAAUCGGUCGUGUUUGUGAAAAUGGUGGGUAAAAUCGACCCGGAAGAGUGUCUGCGUGACUCCCCGAAGUUCAGAAGCCUUCUCGAGGAGGAAGAGGCGAGUAUCGACCAAUUGGAGCAAAAACUGGAGAAAAUCCUCAAAGUAUGUGGGACGAUGGUCGAUUCCGGCAAGACAUAUGUCGCCCAACAAAGUUUGUUUGCGAACAGUUUAUGGGAAUUGAGCGCGCACUUUCGUGAGGAUUCCGCUGUUUUAUCCUCGCUGAACAAGCUGAUUCAGAGCUUGCAGGAAAUGAACAAGUUCCACACCAUCCUCCUGGACCAAGCCUCAAGAACCAUACUCAAGAAUCUCACCUCAUUUAUCAAAAAUGACAUUAAAACCGUUCAUGAUUAUAAACAACACUUUGAGAAAAUCUCCUCAGAAUUUGACAAUGUUCUAGUGCGAAAUUCGCAAACUCCUAGGAGCAAACCCCAGGAAGUCGAGGAAAUGCAAAAUGUUUUAUUGGCAGUACGGUCCUGUUUCGGGCACCAGGCCCUCGAUUACGUCAACAGUAUCAGUUUGCUUCAGACAAAAAAACGACACGAGAUUUUGAGCACGUUGUUGUCGUAUAUGCACGCAUGUACGGCUUAUUACCACCAAGGGUCUGACCUGUGUGCCGACUUGGAACCGUUUUUCAAAGAAUUAGCCGAUGAGAUCGCCGAUAUGCGUGAGGAGACCACAACCGUUGAGAAAGAACUGGAAAACAGACACGCUUCUGUCAACAAUAUUGAAAUAAUAACCCCCAAAAUCGGGAAAAAUUUACCGAGAAUGGAAGGUUAUUUAUUUAAACGGACAUCAAACGCGUUCAAGACUUGGAACAGGCGUUGGUUUUAUCUCUAUGACAAUAAAUUAGUUUAUAGGAAACGAUCUGGGGAAGAGGUUGAGACUGUGAUGGAGGACGAUUUGCGUCUCUGUACCGUUAAACCGGUUUUAGAUGGGGAGAGGCGGUUUUGUUUUGAGGUUUUGUCACCUUCUAAGAGUCAUAUGCUUCAAGCCGACUCUAAAGAAAUGUAUGAAGCUUGGAUUGGGGCCCUCCAAAAAGGUAUAGGAGCGGCAUUCCAACGUAUACAUAGUAUUGAAUCUAGUAACAAUCAAUCGAAUCAUUUUAAUGACGAGCAAAGCGGAAGUGCCGUCGCGAAUUACAAUAACAAUAAAAUUAAGAAAAUAAGAAUGUGGGAGCAACUUUUGAAAAUUCCGGGUAACAACUAUUGUUGCGAUUGUGGUAGCGUUAACCCUCAUUGGGCGAGCAUUAACCUGGGUAUAACCCUUUGCAUAGAAUGUUCGGGGGUUCACCGGAGUCUUGGUGUUCACUAUAGCAAAGUCCGGUCUUUGACACUCGACGACUGGGAACCGGAAAUCAUUAAAGUGAUGGUCGAGUUGGGUAACACAAUCGUGAACCAAAUAUACGAAGCCCAAGUCCCGGAGGACGUCACUCGGGCGACUCCGGACUGUCCCGGAACGAUCCGGGAAUCGUGGAUCAAGGCGAAAUACGUCGAUAAGAAAUUCGUUAAGGAUUUGCCACAUUUUGAUUCGCAACAACGCACCUCAAGGGCGAGUCUAAUGGAAAUCCGGAAGUGGAGCGUCCGGAAGAUCCGGAGACGGCCCCGGAGUUGCGAUAAUACGAAAAAACGACUCAAGUGUCCUAAAUCUGAAACUAGUGAAAGUAGCGAAACGAGUCGAGUUUUAUUAUUCGGGGAUUUGGAUAAACAGCCGCUAGAUGGCACGAUUGAUUUGAGUAGUGAUCAGGAGUCUACUGCAGGGGAGGGGGAGGAUACAGUUGAGGAGGAAGAUAUAGAUAAGCUUCACCCGAAUUUAUUGCUAUAUAAAGCGGCCGCUGCGCAUAAUUUACCCGUCAUGUGCGAGGCUCUUGCUCUAGGGGCUGAUAAACAGUGGAUUAACCUCGACGAUAGGGGGCGCAGUCCCAUACAUCAAGCGAUUUUAAGUGGGUCGGUAAUGCCCUGCGCUUACUUGAUCCUCAACGGGGCUAAAAUCAACGCUCAGGACCAAAACGGUAAAACGCCGCUGCAUUUGGCAACACAGGAGGGGCACACGGCCCAGGUUUGUCUCUUGUUGAAGCAUAGGGCUGACCAGCAUUUGGAGGAUGACGAGGGGAAGGUCCCGUUGCAGAUGGCGGAGCAGAAGGAACAUGCCGAUAUUGUCACUCUGUUGAGGUUGGGGCGUCUCAACGACGAGAUGAAGGAGUCCGAGAAUGGGGUAACAGGUGAUAGUAUGUUCAAUGACGUUGUUAGGGAUUUUUCCCAACUUGCCUGCUCGCAUCCCGAGAGACUACAACGCCCGAAAACCGACAACGAAUAAAUUUUUAUGACAUUUUUACUCAUUCCAAUUUUUUGGGGGAAUUUUAUAAUUGCCUUAACAUGUGAUAGCAUUUUUUACUUCCGAAAUGCCAAAUUUUUAUAGCUCAAUGUGCUCAUGUUUUGACAGUUGUUUUAUAGUAACCUCAGUAGCUGAACUUAUACUCAAUAAAGCUGAACCAAAA